GGGUGACGGGCGGACAUAUUCCUACCCGUGCGUGCUGAGCGGCCCGGCGGAGCCCGAUUGGGCGCAGCUCUUCGAGAUUGCCAGGCUAAUUCCGAAGGUGUGCCACAACGUCAAUAGGGUGUGCUUCGCGUUCGGCGGGCCUGCGCCGGGCCCCUACACGACCAUCACCCCCACGCUGCCGUGCAGAGCCACGCUCGACCAGUUGCGCGCUGCGGAUGACGUGGUCAACCGCGGGCUGAUCAAGGCGGACCUGACGACGAAGCUCUCGCAGGUGCCUGUGGUGUCGUUCCCGGUGGACUUCUCGCCGACCAACGGCUCCGCCACUUCGAAGAGGUCGAUCGCGAUCCGCACGUUCAUCACGAACGACUUCAUGACAGGUGUUCCUGCCCAGCCGGGCACGGACUACAUGCCCAAACAGGUGCUGAAAGAUAUGGUUGAGGCCAUCCUCAAGGUGGAGGGCAUCAGCCGAGUGGUGUACGACCUGACCUCCAAGCCGCCCGGCACCACAGAGUGGGAGUGAGCUUACCGCGGCUCACCCGCGGCCGCGGCGCCAGCGCCUCCGCCGCUGCCAGCUCUAGGACCACUUGUAAGGUUGCUGCUGAACGGCAGAUGAUCUCCAUGACCACCCAGAAUCCGCUGCUUUGAAUGACGCGCCUGCCGGCUCUCCCGACGUGUAGGCGGAGGCGCAACGAUUCGAUCCCGCCUUCACGCGCCCUCACGGCCCAGGGGAGGGGCCGCCCCCCCUGACGGGGGCGGCCCUCGCGGCUAGUUAAAAAAGGGCGAGGCCGCCCGCUGCUGGAGGCAGCUGGCGCUCACCCUUUCCCGCGGGGGG